GAGCAUUAAGAAAAAGAAAAGUGAAAAAAAUGGAACUUCAGGAACUUCAAAAAAAGAAAGAAAGAAAGAAAGAAAACGAACGAAAAAACGAGAGCGAGGCAACUCAGCCCCAGUUUCCCCAACUUUAGCUCGWUCUCCUAUCAAACAUUCAUCAUGGCGUCUGAUCGCUCGGUGUUUGAUCUGAGGCUCACAUUCGGCUUGGUUAGGUCCUUCGUUUAUCUCUAAGUCCUCAAAAUGACUCUCGCUAGAGGAGAACGAGAGUGGGCAUUGCUCGUUAGCGAGUAUAACAUCUGUAAGAAGAAGCUAGAGAGCAAAAGACAAGCACUGAAGAUUUUAAUGGGAGACUURGAAUCAUGUCAAAGAGAACGAGAUAUCUACAAGAAUAAAAUCAAACAAAUGCAACAUGAAAUAGAGAAUUAUAAAAAGAAAGAACUAGAAAACGAUCACAAAGAAGCCAAAGGAAGRAGGUCUCCUACAAGUCCUUCUGUACGUUCACCUGAACACACAAGACCAAAGAGAGUYGAGCGAAAGUUCUCUGGACAAAGCAUAUGGGAACAAGAGCUUCARAGUGUAAGAGACAGAAAAAAUAAGACGCUUUCUCAAUUGCUUUGUGAGUCAAGAGAGGAAAAUAAGGCGUUAAAGAAUGAUUUUAUGGAUUUACGARUCUUAUAUCGUGAAGCUCAAGAAGAUAUCAUUCUCCUAAGAGAAAAUGUCUCUCGACAAAGAACUAAUGAAAAAGGGURUAAAAUGGAGGACUUAGAGGUUAGACAAGAACUUAUACAACGCCUUGAAAAGAACCAAGAAAAGAUUGAAGAGUUGGAAAGGGAAGUUCAAGCAUCCAAUGAUGAAAAAAGUGAAAUUGUCAUUGAGAGGGAUCACUAUCGAGAUAAAGUAGAGAGACUGAACACACAGUUAAACUUCAUUCUUGGAGCAGAUGAGAGACGGCUUGUUGAUAUUGAUGCUAUCUUGAUGGAAAACAGGUAUCAAAAGGAACAAAUUAAACAGUUAAAAGAAGAAAUGAGGAUUGCUAAUGCUUCUCUUGCUAGACAAAAGGCUGCAAUAGAGAAAAAGAAGGCAAGACUUGUAAAAGCUGGUUACCAUACUGGACCUGCGACAUUUGGAGGCGGACCAGCAGSAGUCAAGCAAACAUUGCCAUCUCUUAUUGCUGACAUAUCWAGCAGUUUUAAUCAUGGAGUGUCAUCAUCAACUGUCAAUGAUCUACAGUCUUUAGCCAACUCUCUGUCUGAAAGUUUAUCAGAAAAAGACAUUGCUUUGCUUCAUCAAAGAAACACAAACAAAAUCUUAGGUCAGAGAGUUGCUGAGCUUGAAAAGAAACUUAAAACACUUGAAGUAUCUGGACUGUGGUCUUUGGAGGGUCACCAUGGGUAUGGCUCAGAAGAGCUGCUUCAACUUUACCUGGAAAAGCUAAAAAGAUCAUCCAGUAUGUCUCAUGAUGAGUCAUGUGAUGCAAUUAAGGUACCAGACCAUGACUCAGAACUGCCAUCAGCAGAAUCCAGUCCUAAUUUACAAAAUGGAGAGUCAGUGUUCUUUGACAAUGAUAUUCCAGACACUGACCAGGAAUUGAUUGAUGUGGGUACAUCAAGUUUUACACCCACAAUAUCUGRUGAGGAAGAAGACAAUCACAGUGAAAAUAUUGACACUUUUAACAUUGACUUAAGCUCUUGUAGCAGAGCAACCAAUGACCUGGAGCAACAAGSAAAUGAAGGGCAAUUCUAUAAUAGGAGAGAUUCCCCAGAGCAUAAGGAACAUGAUAUCGAAGGGGAUUCCCCUUUAAACAAAAGUGACAAGGAGGAAUCUUGUGGAGAGGAAGACUUCUCAUUGGAUGAGGAAUCUCAUACAUCAAGUACUUCCCAAUUGGAAGGGGAUUCCCAUGCAAUCAGUAUUUCCCAAAUCGAUGGGGAUUCCCUUGAAACAAGUAAAUCCCAAAUCGAUGGGGAUUCCCAUGCAACAAGUACUUCUCCAAUAGAUAAGGAUUUAAGUGUCAAAGGAAAUUCCUUUUCAGCUCAACUUAAUGAUUGCUCUGCGAAGACGUCAGAAAUUCCAGAUUUAAAAGAAAAUACUUUGGCAAAUACUGCCACAAAUUCAAWUAAACAGGUCACAGACAAUUCAGCAAUUGCAUGUGGUGAUAAUAGCAAACCAUGUAAUCAAUCARGUGAMCGGUCAAAUACAACAGAUGAAUAUGGAUUAUUAGAGGAACAAUCAUAUGGGAUUAAAAUGGACAGUUCUGAGGAUAUUAAUGAUGAUCACGGCAAACAAACUGUGSGAAAUCAUCAUGGGUUACUUCAAGGUAACGUUUCUGUUACAGAAUGUGUCUCUGAYUACUAUGAACCAGACUGUUCUUCACUGGAUGAUGUUGAGGAUCAAGCACAUUAGAUACUUCUAAAUCCCAGGCCUACCAUAAUUGUUUUUUUUUUUGGAGGGUGGGAGGGAGGAAGGGGUUAUAUCAUGAUAUAAGACAAAUUAAUAGUCCAUAAUUUUUAAUGCAUUAAAAUGUAUAAAUGUGAUACAAUCACGGUUAAGGGAUCCCAUUGCUAUAGUGAUUUUCAUUUGACUGUGAAAAUGUACAAAGUACUGUUUUGCUUAUCUCAGAUACGUCUCAUUUGCAGGUUACGUCACAGCGGCCAUCUUGGAGGAAAUUUAACAAAGGAUUUCUCAUUAGUAUCUAUUGUUCAUUCCUCCAACAUGGCCUCCGGUCUUUUAUCUUUUGAAUCUCAUGGGAAUGGUUGAAAACCAUCAAUUGAAUGGCUACUCUACUUUUUAACUCUUUCACGAAAAUCACUAAAAUCAUCAAAUGCUUUUAGUAUCCAUCAGUGCCAGAGGAAAAUGUUCACCGAUGCAUUUUAACGCGACUGCCAGAGGUGCUCGCAUCUAGGGGGUUUUGGGGCAUAGUCCCCUGGAAAUUUUGAAAUUCAGAAAUUAAGGUCAACGUCUGAAACAGGCCUUAGUCUUACAUACAAUAUAAUUAGGUUUUGCAACAUGAUAGUCUAAAUUAUACUAAUAUAGUUCAGUCUGUGGAACAA